AUACAACACAACAUCCGUGAUGACAGCAGCUAGCAAGGGUCACAGAGAACUAUUCGACUUCCUUUUGAGUAAAGGGUCUGAUCUGUCAAUAGUGGAUGGGAAUGGAGACAACGUCCUUCACGUGACAUGUAUUGGUGGCAAUGUCGACAUAUGCAAGUACCUCCUCUCAAAAGACAUAGUUGGCAUAGAAAGUAGAGGACACUACAACAUGACACCCGUGAUGACAGCAGCUAGCAAGGGUCACAGAGAACAGUUUGACUUCCUUGUGAGUGAAGAAUGUGAUCUGUCAGUAGUGGAUGGGAAUGGAGACAACAUCCUUCACGUGACAUGUAUUGGUGGCAAUGUCGACAUCUGCAAGUACCUCCUCUCAAAAGACAUAGUUGGAAUAGAGAGUAGAGGACAAUACAACAGAACACCCGUGAUGACAGCAGCUAGCAAGGGUCACAGAGAACUGUUUGACUUCCUUGUGAGUAAAGGGUGUGAUCUGUCAGUAGUGGAUGGGAAUGGAGACAACAUCCUUCACGUGACAUGUAUUGGUGGCAAUGUCGACAUCUGCAAGUACCUCGUCAUGAGAGGGAUAACUGAUGAGAUGUGUAAAAAGAACAAACGUGGUGAAAAACCACUGCAAUUGGCAGAAUCACGUCGCCACAAAGAUGUUGUUGGCAUUCUGAAAUCCGUUCCAAAACGAGAGUGAUGCGUAGCUUUUUCAGCAGAAAGAAAACGCAGUAGAUGUAUGAAUAUUGGAAUGGUCAAUACGCUGCAUGGCAUACAUAUAUGUACUUGAACAUGUUUUCGUACUGGCCAAUAGAGGCAUCAUUUAUUAAACAAAUACUGUGAGGUGUGUUUUAAAAGUAUGACGCAAAAUAGCGUCCGUUAGAAGUGUAUAUUGGAGGACUUGUUCCCGACCAGAAAAGUAUUCAAGAUUUGUCACACAGUUAAAGACAUGUGACUGACGUUAAAACCCUCUAGCCGAUAGCAAUAUACAUAAACGAGAUAAACAGUAUGAAUUUUCCUUGCAACUGUCCUUAAAUGUAUACAGCUGUUGCCUGGGCCUGUUUUUGGUAAAUAUCACGUUUGUCUAGUCACCUCAAGUGAUCAUGCGACAAUACUCUUUUCAGGGGUGGACGGGGUGCCAUGGGUGGCUCAGUCGUCUAAGGCGCUCAAAUCGCUGUGCAUAGUUGCGUCCCUUGGACUCUGUACUUGAGUUCCAAUCCCUGUUCGCCCCAAUUAUGUUUCUAGAUUUCUCAGCACUAUACCCGUGCUCUUCGGUUUCGACAAAGUGGUAAACGCCCGAGACCUGCAUCAUGUCGGGCAUCCCUUCCACACUGAGCUGACACGCUGUGAUAUAACCGGAAUACUGUUCAAAGCGCUCAUAAACCCAACUCACUUACUCACUAUUUACAGUGGCAAUGUGUACAUUGCCUUUAAAUGGUGUGGAACAAUCUUACAACAAACCUAAAACUACUUAAACCCCCAUAUGACAUUUAAUAAAAGAGAAUUUGGAAAAUCCCAUUAAUGCACAUACUUAUCUUGAAUAUCAAUGCUGUAAAUAUACUCUAAAAUUUGUCUUCGUUUAAAAUAUCCAAUGCAUAUUGUUCUAUUGCUGCAGUCAGUUGAAGACAUGAUGAACGUUGAUAUCAGAGGGCCAUUUUCAAAAUGAUAAAACUUUAAACAAACGAGUAAAUAUUCUAAAUACACCAGUGAAGGUUGUUAUACGUAUGUACAUUUAGAUCAAUUAUUACAUUCUGUUUCAAUACUAAGUUCCCCUUAUUUGAACAACAGAGUUUUGAAAUUAAUCCUUUGCUUUUGAUCAACAAGUUAAGAUAAACAAUAUUUCAAAAGGUCUAAUUAAGGCAAUACGGUUAUGUCAGUCUAACAGUUGCAUUGUAAAUAUAAUAACACUUUCUAUUCAGGUUAAUUGUUUGUCGUAUAUAAACCGUUCAUACGAUGGUUGUUGAUAGUUUCUUACUUUUAUCUUAAUAUUUUGUGUAUCAUUUGCAAUGUUAUUUCUGUAUUUUGUAC